UUUCCUAUCGUUUUUCUCUUAGUUUUCUUUUCUUGCAUGCUUCAAAUUGCUGCGCAGAUGCCUUCUGCUGAUGGAAUAUUAGAACGAGAAGUUUUGACGUUGAGACCAUCGAUACUAGCCGUGUUUCUAGCUCGCAACAAGGCUCACGUUCUUCCCUACUUCCUCGGCUACUUUGAGCAUCAGCGUUAUCCGAAAGAUAGGAUCUCAGUGUGGAUUUACUCUGAUCAUAAUCAAGAUGAUACAGAAUUACUGUUGCGGCGAUGGAAAGACGCAAUAAGAGGACAGUAUCGUCGAGUUGAGUUGCACAGUAUAGUGGAAACAUUGUAUACUCAAACUGGUGUAAACAAUUGGCCAAAGGAACGAUUUCUUCAUUUACUACGGUUGAGAGAUCGAGCACUAAAUGUAGCACGAGAAAGAGAUAUUGAUUAUGUUUUGUAUAUUGAUGUGGACAACCUAUUAGUCAAUCCAAAUACAUUGUCUGAACUGAUAGCACAGAAGAGAGACAUUGUUUCACCAAUGAUUGAGCCUCUUGUUGGAUCUGUUUAUUCCAACUUUUGGUGUGGUGUUACUGAUAAGGGAUAUUACAAACGAACUGAAGAGUAUAUUCCAACGUUGCAUCGUGCACGAACUGGUUGUUUUGAGGUUCCGAUGGUUCACUCUACGUAUAUUGUAGACAUGCGUUCACCUGGAGUUGAGAAUUUUACCUUCAUUGCUGAUGAAGACUAUAACGGAGUUGUUGAUGAUUUAUUGGUGUUCGCAUAUCAAGUGAAGAAAGCAGGAAUGAGCAUGUUUGUUCUCAACACGCAAAUUUUUGCAAGAAUGCCUCCUCCAAGCCAUGACUAUUCAUCACUUGACGAUGAGCGAAAAAAUGCUGAAGAACUAUGUGUCAAUUAUCUUGCUAUCGACGGUCCAGUCGUUCAGAGCGAAUACCUUCCAUACAACAAACCAACCUUGACUGAUUUUGGCUUGGACAAGAUUUAUGUGAUAAAUUUACAUCGCCGAGAGGGCAGACGAUUACGACUGAAGCACGUCCUUCAACAUCUGGGAAUCCAGGCUGAAUUUGUAACUGCUGUUGAUGGAAGGAACUUAACCGAUAAAGACUUGAAAGAGUUUGGCAUUCAGAUGUUGGAUGGCUACUUGGAUCCUUUAAAGAAGAGACCUCUAACAGUUGGUGAAAUUGGAUGCUUUCUUAGUCACCACAGGAUCUGGGCCGAGGUGGUGUCAAGUCAGUUCACGUCGGUUCUAAUCUUGGAAGAUGAUCCGUACUUUUAUCCUCAAUUUAGAGAGAAGUUUUCUCGCUUGUUGGAAGAUGUCAGAAACAAGGAAAUCGACUGGGAAUUAAUAUAUUUGGCUAGGAAGCGUUUGGAAAACACUAGGGAACUUAAGGUGGAAAACACAGAAACAUUGGUUCGACCAGGAUACUCAUACUGGGCUCUGGCAUACAUGCUGUCUCAAAGUGGGGCAAAGAAACUGAUCAAUCAACAACCUUUAGGCAAAAUGAUGCCUGUAGAUGAAUAUCUACCACUCAUGUUUGAUCGACAUCCAAGGAAAGAAUGGAAGGCACAUUUUACAAAUCGUAAUCUGAAAGCAUUCUCAGCUCAACCCCUACUCAUCAGGCCAACACACUACACAAGCAAUCGCGGUUACAUUAGUGACGUCGAAACACUUGAUACCGAGCUGAAACAACAAAAAGAUGAACUAUAACUAUUUUGCCAUGUUUUCAUAAAUUUGUUUAUUUACAUUAAUGCAUGCAUAGGCUAGAGGUUGAAAUAUAAAUAUCAAUGCUAA